AUGAACACUACAGCAAGAUUCCUGCACAUCUUGUUUGUGUGUAUGUGUGUGUCAGCUGUUCAAGCACGGAUCUGGGCCUGGAUGCUAUCGAUGCCAUACAACCCACCAGAAGAAGGACCAAUGGGACUGAGAAGAAGAGAGACAGAGACAUCUCCUAACAGCCAAAAGGGUGAUAUGGUGGCCUGUGACCAUGAUCGUGCCUGUGGAAAGGGUUUCUCCUGCGACCGACACUUUGGCCUGUGUGUUCCUUUAAGACAAGAAGGGAAAUAUUGCCGGCGAGAUGCCCAGUGUGUGCGAGGACUCAGCUGCAUGUUCGGCAGAUGCAUCCGGAGCAUUCCAGAAGGACAGGAAGGUGCCCGGUGUAAAGUAGACAAGGACUGUGGAACUUCGAUGUGCUGUGCCCGCCAUCAUGGUGAGAGGGUGUGUAAGCGUCAACUGGUACUGGGCGAGAGCUGCUUCGUGCCAGAUGGAGGACUGGCAUUUAGCAUCAACCAGAUCUGUCCAUGUAAUGAGGGUCUGCUGUGUCGGGGAAAUGGUCAGCCACAAAAAAGAGAGACAGAGUUUGUGUACAGUCCUGAUUCAACCAGCUGGACCUGCCAGGUUCCGAAACACUGA